CUAAACCUGCGAGAGCUUUUCUUGCUUCCUGGAGACUGGAGAGGUUUUAUCAGUUAUCGCAGGGUUUUACCAAAACCUAACGAUGGCUCAGUCUUACCGGUCCUCCGCUAGGAGGCUUCUAUACUCAAUCUGCUGUUCAUCCACAAAAGAAGCUCUGUUGAAUCCCAAAUGCCCAGUACCGACCCCCAUUGCAGCUCUUCUUGGCAGGUUCCAGCUCGGCCGCCACUUCUCCGCCGGCAGCGCCGCCGCCACGCGGUUGAAGGAAGAGAAGGACGCCUUAUGGAAAGAUUCACUGGAGAGGGUCCGGAACAUCGGAAUUUCGGCCCAUAUUGACUCCGGGAAGACCACCCUCACGGAACGGGUGCUUUUUUACACGGGUCGGAUCCAUGAGAUUCAUGAGGUUAGAGGCAAAGAUGGAGUUGGAGCCAAGAUGGAUUCUAUGGAUCUGGAAAGGGAAAAGGGGAUUACAAUUCAAUCUGCUGCCACGUACUGUACGUGGGCUGGCUACCAGGUGAACAUAAUUGAUACUCCUGGUCACGUUGAUUUCACCAUUGAAGUUGAGAGGGCUUUGCGUGUUCUUGAUGGUGCCAUUCUUGUACUCUGUAGUGUUGGUGGUGUGCAGAGUCAGUCAAUAACUGUUGAUCGGCAAAUGAGAAGAUACGAGGUUCCAAGACUUGCUUUUAUCAAUAAACUUGACCGAAUGGGGGCUGACCCAUGGAGAGUUCUCAAUCAGGCAAGGUCCAAGCUUCGCCACCAUGCUGCUGCAGUGCAAGUUCCUAUUGGUUUAGAAGAUGACUUCAAUGGUCUUAUUGACCUUGUGUAUAUGAAAGCUUACUACUUCCAUGGUCCUAGUGGAGAGGAGGUUGUCACAGAAGACAUUCCUGCGGAUAUGGAAACAUUUGCUGCUGACAAGAGGCGUGAGCUCAUUGAAGCUGUCUCUGAGGUUGAUGAGAAGCUCGCAGAGUCGUUUUUGAAUGAUGAACCUAUAUCAAAUAGCGACCUAGAGGAAGCAAUCCGUAGAGCGACAGUAGCGCGUGAAUUCGUCCCUGUAUUUAUGGGUAGUGCUUUCAAGAAUAAGGGUGUUCAACCUCUUCUUGACGGUGUUAUUAAAUAUCUCCCUUACCCUGUCGAAGUCGGUAACUAUGCUCUUGAUCAAAACAAUAAUGAAGAGAAGGUUAUGCUAACAGGAAGUCCAGCUGGCCCUCUUGUUGCCUUGGCUUUCAAAUUAGAAGAAGGACGAUUUGGUCAGCUAACAUAUUUAAGAAUUUAUGAAGGUGUAAUUAGGAAGGGUGAUUUCAUAAUCAAUGUCAAUACUGGAAAGAAGAUCAAGGUUCCUCGCUUGGUACGAAUGCAUUCAAAUGAGAUGGAGGACAUUCAAGAAGCACAUGCUGGACAAAUAGUUGCUGUAUUUGGCGUAGAUUGUGCAACAGGGGAUACUUUCACAGACGGAUCAGUAAGAUACACCAUGACUUCUAUGAAUGUACCUGAACCAGUGAUGUCAUUAGCAGUUUCACCUAUUUCUAAAGAUUCUGGAGGACAAUUCUCAAAAGCUCUAAAUCGCUUUCAGAAAGAGGACCCAACUUUCCGAGUAGGCUUAGAUCCCGACAGUGGCCAGACAAUUAUUUCUGGAAUGGGUGAACUGCAUCUGGAUAUAUAUGUUGAGCGUAUCCGAAGAGAAUACAAGGUUGAAGCAACAGUUGGAAAACCUCGAGUAAACUUCAGAGAGACUAUAACCCAGCGUGCUGAGUUUGAUUAUUUACACAAGAAACAAAGUGGAGGACAGGGUCAAUACGGCAGAGUAACUGGCUAUGUGGAGCCACUUGAACCUGGGUGCUCAUCGAAAUUUGAAUUUGAUAAUAUUAUAGUGGGACAAGCUAUACCAUCAAACUUUGUCCCUGCAAUUGAGAAGGGCUUUAAGGAAGCCGCUAACUCGGGUUCGUUGAUUGGUCACCCAGUAGAGAAUAUUCGUGUUGUCUUGACAGACGGUGCUUCACAUGCUGUUGAUUCCAGUGAACUUGCAUUCAAACUUGCAGCAAUUUAUGCCUUUAGACAGUGUUAUUCAGCAGCACGGCCUGUCAUACUGGAACCUGUGAUGCUUGUUGAAAUAAAAGCACCAACAGAAUUCCAAGGCUCUGUCACUGGUGAUAUUAACAAGAGGAAAGGUGUCAUUGUUGGUAAUGACCAGGAAGGAGAUGAUUCUGUGAUUACUGCUCAUGUUCCUCUCAAUAAUAUGUUCGGAUACUCGACCUCUCUUCGGUCAAUGACACAGGGUAAAGGGGAGUUCACGAUGGAGUACAAAGAACAUUCAGCAGUUUCUCAUGACGUCCAAACACAAUUGGUUAACACAUACAAGGCGGCCAAGGGAACUGAAUAGAGUCCAUCCUUCAUUCUUUGAUCAAAACAAUGAUUUCUUUGCUGUACAUUGUGGGUGUGUGACAUGUGAUAGUUGAGAUCAAAGCGUGUUAGGAACAGUUCGUUAUAAUGAUCAUGAAUAAAAGUUUUUAUUUUUCACAUAUGCCCAUUCUGUCAAUUGUUGCUGCUGUCACAAAUGCCCACUGGCUAGGAAGUCUGGUUUUAUCAUUAUUGCCCAUGCCUGAAUUCAGUGUUCAUUGAAACCUAAUCGUAAAUCUUGAUGG